AUGUCGAGAAAAUUUACAUUGAAAGAGGCCGUCGACUAUUUGGAAAAGCUAAUCGACGAAGAAGAAGGAGAUGACUUCAUGCAAGAUUUUGAUGAAAUUUAUAUUGAACCGCCAGAUGAAGAUGGAAAGAUAGUGCUCCCAUUCCAGUUUUUCCUGAACCGAAUUUCGAUGAUUGCCGUGAUAUAUAAUACGGUUUCGAAUAUCAAAGCAUACUGGAAUAGCGCAGAUGAUUUACGCAAUGAAAUGAUAUCCCAGACGAUGCGACGCAACAGAUUCCAAGAAAUACUCCGAGUGCUACAUUUUGAGCCGAACUUGCAUCCACCAGAAAAUAACAAGGAUAAGCUUUGGAAGCUGCGUCCGAUGAUGGAUCAUUUGAAAGCGAAUUUUCUGAAACAUUUCCAUCCAACACAACACCUUUCGUAUGACGAAAGCAUGAUCGCUUAUUUUGGGAAACAUGGCUGCAAGCAAUUUAUUAAAGGCAAGCCCAUUCGUUUUGGCUAUAAAGUGUGGUCUCUGUGCACACCGUCUGGUUAUUUGGUAAACUUCGAAGUUUACCAAGGCUCAAACCCGCGAUCAAAUCCAAAGUACGAAGAGAGAUUUGGAAAAGCAGCGGCACCGCUUUUAUCAAUGAUCGACGACUUCCCAGAAUACUUGAAAGGUUUGCCGUUUUCAUUCUUCUUUGAUAAUUUGUUCACUAGUUUUCCAAUGCUUGCUUAUCUGAAAGCCAGUGGAUACAAUGGCACAGGCACAAUGCGACAAAAUCGGAUCGUUGCAAGUUGUCCAGUAACGAAAAAAAAGGCGUUCAAGAAGAAACCACGCGGCACUAUUGAGGCCGUCAAAAUGCAAGAGACGGGCAUUCGAGUGACACAAUGGGUCGACAAUUCGGUUGUUUCCAUCGCUUCGACGUGUUUUGGAUCUUUGCCAACAUCAACAGCGGCACGUUAUUCAAAAGAUGCUGGAAAAAAAUAA